AUCGCGUUUUAUCUGUGGCAAAAUGUCAAGGAUGCUCCGGUAAAGGAUCGCAGAUGCCAGCAGCAUGACCGUCAGCAGGGGCGGCACAGGACGCGCGGGUCACACGCGAAGCUGAGGAAGCCAGCCGAUGCUUUCUUAAACGCUUUUCAGAGAGAAUGGGACCGCUACAUAUGCGUGUGUCUUCGAGGUUUUGCUCGACGUGACACCGGACUGCUUCUUUGCCUCUGUGUGAGCGCGCCUCUUUGGCUCCGAGUGCGCCAGGACGCUGCGGCUGUUGUGCAGCUCGGCUGUGAACAGGAGCGCCGACGGGGUUGAAACAGCAGUGAAGGUGGUGAAACGAUUGUUUUUGUGAGAGGAAACCCCUGACUGGGGUCCCGCUGCUCCUCGUUAGGUAUCAACCAUGGAUGACUCUGGAAUAAUAAGGCGCAGGAGGCUGCAGAAGGACUUGCCACUGCCUCGUAAAAACAGCAGUUGCCGCACAAGCAACAGGAAAAGUCUAAUCCUGACGACCACGUCUCCCACGCUGCCUCGCCCUCACUCCCCUCUGCCUCUCCCUGGACACCUCGGAAGCAGCCCCCUGGACAGCCCACGAAACUUCUCUCCCAGCAACCCGGCACACUUCUCGUUCGCCUCUUCCAGAAGAGAUGGGCGGCGGUGGUCUUUAGCAUCUUUGCCCUCAUCUGGAUAUGGCACCAACACUCCCAGCUCAACGUCCUCCAGCUCCUCCCAGGAGAGGCUGCACCAGCUGCCCUCCCAGCCCACCAUGGAUGAGCUCCACUUUUUAUCCAAACACUUUGGCAGCACAGAGAGCAUUACGGACGAUGAUGGCGGCCGCUGCUCCCCCCACAUGCGCCCACGCUCCCGCAGCCUCAGCCCUGGACGCUCCUCUUCCUGCUAUGAUAAUGAGAUAGUCAUGAUGAACCAUGUGUACAAGGAGCGCUUUCCAAAGGCCACAGCACAGAUGGAGGAGAGGCUGUCCGAGUUCAUACAGGCUUUUUCUCCUGAGUAUGUUCUUCCAUUGGCUGAUGGAGUCCUCAGCUUCAUCCACCACCAGAUAGCUGAGCUGGCCAGAGAUUGCCUGGCCAAAUCCCACGAUGGUCUCAUCACCUCUGUGUACUUCUUUGAGCUACAAAAGAGUCUGGAGAAGUUGUUUCAUGAUGCUUUUGAGCGCUCUGAGAGCUCAGAGGUAGCCUUCGUCACAGAGUUGGUGAAAAAGCUUCUCAUCAUCAUCUCCCGACCUGCAAGGCUUUUGGAGUGUCUGGAGUUUAACCCUGAGGAGUUUUACCACCUACUGGAGGCAGCGGAGGACCACGCCAAGGAGGGCCAUCUGAUGAAAACAGACAUUCCUCGUUACAUCAUCAGCCAGCUGGGGCUGACCAGAGACCCAAUUGAAGACAUGGUGAAUCUGGAGAGUUACGACAGCGAGGGGCCGGUAACGCCUGAAACAGAUGACUCAACAGAGGGUAAGAUUAAAAUGAUAAAACCACCAGGAGAAGCAGACUUCCAGACCAUCAAGCUGAUCAGUAACGGAGCAUAUGGUGCUGUUUACUUGGUGCGCCAUUUGGAGACACGUCAGCGGUUUGCCAUGAAGAAGAUAAACAAGCAAAAUCUGAUCCUCAGGAACCAAAUCCAGCAGGCCUUUGUAGAAAGAGACAUCCUCACCUUUGCAGAGAAUCCCUUUGUCGUCUCCAUGUUCUGUUCCUUUGAAACUCGUCGGCACCUCUGUAUGGUCAUGGAAUAUGUGGAAGGUGGGGACUGCGCCACUCUGUUGAAGAACAUUGGGGCUCUGCCUGUGGAGAUGGCGCGCAUGUACUUUGCAGAGACAGUCCUUGCAUUGGAGUACUUACACAACUAUGGCAUUGUACAUCGUGACCUCAAACCUGACAACCUCCUGAUUACCUCAAUGGGCCACAUCAAGCUGACCGACUUUGGUCUGUCUAAGAUGGGUCUGAUGAGUCUGACCACCAACUUGUAUGAAGGACACAUAGAGAAGGAUACACGCGAGUUUUUGGACAAACAGGUGUGUGGAACUCCAGAGUAUAUCGCCCCAGAGGUUAUUCUUCGUCAGGGUUAUGGGAAGCCAGUGGACUGGUGGGCUAUGGGCAUCAUCCUGUAUGAGUUCCUGGUGGGCUGUGUGCCUUUCUUUGGAGACACUCCAGAAGAACUGUUUGGACAAGUGAUUACAGAUGACAUAGUGUGGCCAGAAGGGGAUGAGGCUCUGCCUGUUGAUGCCCAGCACCUGAUCUCCUCCCUACUGCAGACAAAUCCACUGAUUCGGCUGGGCACAGGUGGUGCUUUUGAAGUGAAGCAGCACUCAUUCUUCACAGAGGUAGACUGGAACAGCCUGCUGAGACAGAAAGCAGAGUUCAUCCCUCACUUAGAGUCAGAGGAAGACACCAGUUAUUUUGACACCCGCUCUGAGCGCUACCAUCAUGUGCAGUCGUAUGAUGAGGACGACACCAAUGAUGAUGAGCCUGUGGAGAUCCAUCGCUUCUCUUCCUGCUCCCCUCGCUUUAGCAAGGUGUACAGCAGCAUGGAGCAUCUGUCUCAGCUGGAACAUAAACCCCACACUAUAACUCUGAGGGAGCAUAAAGUCCCCAGAGAGGACCGAGUCACCAAGAGAGAAAGCCUGGGAGGUGUCACCCUCAGAGACAAGAGCUGGAGGACUGGUUCACCUGAGAUGAAGCGUUUCUCUUGUUCUGAGUCAUCCUUCACUGAGAGCGAUUCCAGCCCACCAUCAGGGGCCCGAAGACGCUUCUCCGCGCUGAUGGAUACACACCGCUUGGCAUCCCCUCUGGAGCAGGACUCUGAGCUGCCUGUUCCAAACAAGCAGCUGCCGACAAAAACCAGGGGAACUUCCCUGGAAGGAGCUAUGGGGGCCAAUUCCUCUCAUGGAGAUCUGAGAACAUUCCUCAAAGAUGGAAAUGGCCUCACAGCAGGAGACAAACUUUUGAGGCCUGCUGAUGCAUCGCUGCCUCUGCCAGCCAGCGCUACCACAGACCUCGUGCUGCGGCGGGUCCGACACCAGCAGCUCUCAGCCGAGGGAGAAAAGCGGAACUCGCGACCAGGAAGCAAAGUUAUCAAAUCUGCCUCUGCUACUGCAUUGUCUGUCAUCAUUCCUGCAGUGGAGCAGCAUGGAGUAUCCCCGCUACCGAGCCCCAUGUCUCCUCGAUCCCUCUCGUCCAACCCCUCCUCUCGCGACUCCUCCCCCAGUCGAGACUACAGCCCACUGGUCAGCGUCCUGCACUCUCCGAUCACCAUCCACCGCUCUGGGAAGAAGUAUGGGUUCACUCUCCGUGCAAUCCGAGUCUACAUGGGAGACAGUGAUGUUUACAGCGUGCAUCACAUGGUCUGGCAUGUGGAGGAUGGUGGCCCCGCCCAGGAGGCUGGACUUAGUGCUGGUGACCUCAUCACACAUGUGAACGGGGAGUCAGUCCAUGGUCUGGUCCAUACAGAGGUGGUGGAGCUUAUACUGAAGAGCGGAAACAAAGUUACAGUUACAACCACCCCCUUUGAGAACACCUCAAUAAAAGUUGGUCCUGCCCGCAAGUCUAGCUACAGAUCCAAGAUGGCCCGGCGCAGCAAGAGGACGGGAGUCAAGGAGGGACAAGAUAAGAAGCGCAGCUCCUUGUUCAGGAAAAUCACCAAGCAGUCCAACCUGCUCCACACAAGCCGGAGCCUCUCCUCUUUAAAUCGCUCUCUGUCUUCUGGAGACAGUCUUCCAGGUUCCCCCACCCACAGCCUCACCGCCCGCUCUCCCACUCAGAGUUACCGCUCCACUCUGGAGUCCUCUUACCUGGGCACAUCGUCUCAGAGCAGCUCCCCAGCAUCCAGCACUCCCAACUCCCCAGCAGCCUCUCACCACAUGAGGCCCAGCUCCCUGCACGGCCUUUCUCCCAAACUUCACCGCCAGUACCGCUCUGCACGCUGCAAAUCUGCAGGCAACAUCCCUCUGUCGCCUCUGGCUCACACCCCGUCCCCAACCACUUCCUCUCCUCCGCCUCUCACAGGCCACUCGAUAGGAAGCUCCAACACCACUCAAAUCUUCCCCGCCAAGCUGCACUCCUCCCCUCCCGUAGCCCGCCCUCGUCCCAAGAGCGCCGAGCCACCCAGGUCCCCGCUGCUGCAGCGGGUACAGUCUGCAGAAAAGUUAGGAGCACCGAUCUUGCCUUCCUCAUCUUCAUCAUCAUCGUCGCCUUCUCCUUUGACAGGAGGGGUGUCGUUACGCAAGCAUAGCUUGGAGGUAACUCAUGGAGACUACAGGAGGGAGUCUUUCCACUGUGAGCACAGUCUACAGAGUUUGUUAGAGAUUGAAGGAGAGAACGGACCUGCCCCGCCAUCUCCGUCUUCAUCUUCCUCGCCUUCUCCUCCCAUGGGGGUAGAGAUUGGAGGUCUGAAGCCUGUGAGGAGGCUGGGGAGGCAGGAGUCACCACUCAGCCGAGACACUCUUGUAACAGCAAAAGAAAAAGACACCCAAACAACAGAGUCUGAGCCAACUGAGGUGGAAACUGAGGUCACAGUUUCUACAAAAGGGCCUAAAGGCAACAUCACUGAAACGAGGAAAACAUCAUCCACUGCUGAGGUUAGAAAGAGUAACGAAAGUUCGACUUCUGUUGAAAUAAAGUCCUGCGCUUCAUCCACAGAGACCAGGCUAAGUCCUGGGAACAACCCUCCAAAUUCUGGCACCUCAGCCUCUGAGGCAGUAACUGCCAAGAGUAAGCCCAGUGAGAAAAUCACAACUUCAGGCACAUCAAAGAGCCUGCAACAAGACACCAAGCAGCAGAGUGCACAGACAGACAAUGGACCUGCUACUAGAACUCCAGAGAAGAAAGAAGAGAAAGAAAAAAGCUCUACAGCUGUCGACAAAGCUAACUUGCAGAAAGCAUCAGGAACUGAGCAGCCCAAGCAACGAAAAGGCAGCGAGAACGUAGAAAAAGGAGGCAUCAGUGGGAGUGCAAAAGCAGUUGAUGCCACAAAAGCCAAAGGGCCUGCACCUUCAGUUCCAACCCAGGUCCAAACCCACUCUGCAGCCAGACACAGAGUGGAGAAGCCAACAAACAGCUACCAAAGGGCCAAGGAAGAGAGAGCACAUUUAGAGGUCCUGGAGGAAAAUCCAAUGUCUCCCUCCUCAAACGCAGCUUCGCCCUCCUCCAGCAGGUCCCGGCCUAUGUCUCCGGGGGAUAAAGCCAGCUUUGUCACCCAGCUCACAAGUGUGGCCAAAACAGUGCUGGGGCCCAUUAAAGGGGGAUCACAGGAGGGGGGAAAGGCAAAAGACACCUCAAAGUCAAGCGAGGAGAAGAAAGGGAACACUGCGGGAAAGGCGGAGGCGUCCUCUGGGGGUGUCCGUCGGGGCGUCGCCUCAGCCAGUUCUGGCAUCGCUCACUCCGAUAAGGGAAGCAGUCGUGGCGCCAAGCAUCAUUUGUGAUGACAGAGUGAGACUCUCCCAUGCAAUGCCUUUUACUUUAGCAUCAUACAGACAUAUUAUGACUUAACAUGACUCCAAAUGGAGGGGAGACAUAAAUGCCUGAAGAAAAUAAAUAAAUAAAAAAUAAACCACACCAAAUAGAUGACAUGUGACAUGUAGACAAGAUGUAAAAAACAUACAUCACCUACUUUUGGAAAAACAUGUGCACAUGGUGUCAUGAUGUAGACCGGUGUAUGUACUGUAUGUCAAUCACGAUGUGUGUCAUAUAUAGUAAAAACAAAUGCAUAUGUCUUAAUGCAUGUCUGAAAAUGGAUAAUGAAAGAAUAUUUAAAAAGAAGAUGAAAAAUAUACAGCAGACCUGGAGGUAGAGAUCACUGUGAACAACUUUUCAACUGAACACAACAGGCUAACCUUGAACUGUGUGUAAACAAGUAGGCUUGUGUUAGAAACGGGCAUUACUCACAUUUCAGAAACGCUCCAGUUCCCUCGUUUAGUUUUCUUAGUGUUGAGCUGUUAAGAGGUAUCAGAGGCAGGUUUUUUCCUUGUAUGAUGUACUGAAGAAUAUCACAAAACGUACCAGAAACUGGACCAAGAAACCAAAAUUCUAGCAGUGAUGGAGCUGAAGGGUUGAUCAGACGUCUUCAGAUCUGUUUAAGGGCUGACUUUUAGUGGGAUAGAAAGAGGUAGAUUAGAUGAACUUGCACAGGGACACUAUGCAAUGUGCUGAUAAUGCCACUUAUUUUUAUUUUUGUUUUUGUUUUCAUGCUUGGGUGUCCCCAUUCAUGAAGUUUACAUUGUGCUCUAGACAAGGAAAAGAAAAAAAAAAUAGGUGAAAAGGUUGCAAUAAGCCAAGCAAACACAUUUUGAUCAUAGUAAAAAUGUGCAUUUCUAUAAUUUAGUGCUCGUAGUGUAAUAAAGGAGGCAAUUAUGGAAGUAGCACUUAGAGGUGAGUAUGCUCUUUCAUUCACUGUUUUAUGUUCAUCCAGAAUUACUAUCUAAUGUUUGGUGUGACAGAAAUUGCCAGUGUUUUUAUUUGGGAUUAUGUGAAGUUUAUUUGUUGUUUUUGUACCUAAACGUAUAACAAUAUGCAAUCCAUCAAUUUCAUAGAACUGAGCAUCCUCGUCAGUGAAACUGUACAAGGCUAUAUGUAAACCAGGAGUAGAUUUGUAGAGAGAAAAAUUUGUGGUGAGGUCUUGUUUGUUGUUGUGUGUAAAAAGUGUAGUUUCUGAACACCAGGCAACAGACCUGUGUUAUGCUGCCACGUUGUGGACAGCGUGAUACGGCACCAGAAAUUCCUAGGUACAAGGAAAUUUGGAAUUUCUGAGAAGCCUCAUAUCUUCUGCCUGUGGAUGUUUUCCAUUCCAAAAUGUAUAAUUAAUUACUAUGAACGCAUUUACAUUAGCUUCAGAUUAGCUUUACAGUCAUUUGUUCCCCUAUGAUAUAUUGGAUUAAAGACAUUAACCUAAUGUUUAGACAUGAAACAGCAGUGUUUUUGUGUGUGAUGUGACAGAAUUGCACUUUAUGUUGUGUUAAAUAUUUUUUUAUUUAUUUUGUCUUUCGUUUGUUUUUCCUUUCUGUUCUAUUUAUUGAACUGUCUCUUUUUUAUUUAUCAAAAACUCUGCUGUAGGCCUGCUAUAUAAAAUAGUUUGGGUCAUUUUGAAAUAUCUGCAUUUUUACAUCCCUAGUAACCCUAGUUUUGACUUAUCAUCCCUUAAAUCUGAAAUUGUAAGCUAAUUUAGCUGUCAUAUCAAUUUUAUCCAAGUCUCUUUUUUUUUCUUUUUUUAACAGCAACUAUCUCUGUUAUUGUCUUAUAUUGCUACAUAUUUACCAGCCACUGUUGUCAAGAACCAAUGCAGGGGAG